CACAUGGUGCCUGGACGUUCGUCUGUGCUUGGCGGCAAGAUGGCGGCUCCCGGGUCUGGCGGUCCGUCCGGUUCAGUGGAUGAUGCUUUCUCGACGUAUUACACAGAGGUUAAGCAAAUUGAAAAACGUGAUUCUGUCUUAACCCCAAAGCAGCAAAUCGAAAGACUGAUUAGACCUGGAUCGUCCUACUUUAACUUAAACCCUUUCGAGGUCCUGCAAAUUGAUCCAGAAGCAACAGAUGAGGAAGUCAAGAAGAGAUUUCGCCAGUUAUCGAUUCUUGUUCAUCCGGAUAAAAAUCAAGAUGAUCCAGAAAGAGCCCAGAAAGCUUUUGAAGCUGUAGACAAAGCCUAUAAAGGUCUCCUGGAACCAGAGCAGAAAAAGAGGGCUAUUGAUGUCAUCCAAGCUGGACAGGAAUAUGUUGAACAUAUUGUAAAAGAAAAAAAGAAGCAGUUGAAAAAGGAAGGAAAAUCAUUAACAGUUGAAGAAGAUGACCCUGAAGUGUUCAAACAGGCUGUGUACAAACAGACGAUGAAGCUCUUUGCAGAGCUGGAAAUCAAACGUAAAGAGAGAGAAGCAAAAGAUAUGCAUGAAAGAAAGAGGCAGAGAGAAGAGGAAAUAGAAACUCAAGAAAAAGCCAAAAGGGAAAGAGAGUGGCAGAAAAACUUUGAGGAAAGUCGAGAUGGGCGAGUGGAUAGCUGGCGAAGCUUCCAAUCGCACAAAAAAGGAAAAAAAGAAAAGAAGGCAAGGACCUUUUUAAAACCACCAAAAGUGAAGAUGGAGCAAAGAGAGUGACUCUCCCUGUCCCACCCCGCACACACAGAAUAAUCCCUCCUUUUGUUUCUAUGAAUUGCUUAUAUAACCUUUUAUUUAAGUACCCUAUCUGAUGCCAGUAUUUCAUGAUAUCUGCUGGUGGCAGGGACACUUAAACCUACUCCCCUUUUGUACAGUUGAGCUGUUCCUUUUAAUGCUUUUUUUUUGGCGGGGAAAUGCUUGUAAUUUAAUGUUUUGUACCACUAUCAUUCGAUGUCAACUAGCCAUUGUAUAUUAGAAGUGUGACAUUAAAGGAAAUAUUUAGAAGUCCAAAAUCUGGUCUAUGUAGAAGCCUGUUCAAAUGGAUUGUUCAGCCAAAAACCAAGUAAUGAUCAGGAAAAAGAUUUUAGAUUGAAAAGCUUUGUCCCUUGCAAAGAGUACUCUUUAGAUACAUGUUAUGGUCCUUUAUUGUCAGCCAUUUUGAUGCCCUUGUGUACAUUUUCAGAUAGUGGUGUCUUAGCUGUGAUUCCAAGUAAAGAUCUGGCACAUGGCGCCAAAAAUCCUAAAUCUUGUUUAUAAAUUCUGGCCAGAUAUGCACAUGAGCAGUAUCUUAUAGCAACCAGCCAAUAUGUGCUUAUGCCAGCCAGCUGCAAAUUUGCCCACUGUUUAUAAAUGAGGCUGGUAACAUUCACAAAAGGGGAAUUUACCAGUGCCACUAAGGAGAAAUGUCUUGGCUAAUUGCAAAGUUGUUGACAAAUACAUAUGACAAAUUAACUG